AUGAAAGUUAAUACAAUAAAGAUUUUAUUCUUCUCAGUUUUAAAUAUCUUAAUAAAAUUCGCAAGUUCAUAUGCUGAUUAUUACUCUAACUGUACACAAGUUAUGAUGAAUCUUGGUUUAAAUCCAAAAUACAGUGAAUGCGUAAUAAAUAAAUUAGGUGUUGAAAACGAAUCUGAUUUAUUAUAGUAUAAAAUGUAUUUAAAGUCUGAUAAUUGCUUAAAUAUAGUUUCAAAUCGAUACGAAGUUUUUAAUUAUUUAUCAGGAGAUGGUUGUUUCUCAAAUAUUCCUUAUAGUUUUACUUAUAGCAGAAAAAGCUCGUUUUAAAAAAUUAAUAAAUUUUAUUUGGAAAUAUUUGGCUUAGUUAGUACUAAAGAAACAUCUUCUUUAAUGAAAAUAAGUUUAAAUGGAGUUGAAAUAACUAGAUAACUUUAUGGUUGUUGGGGUGCUUAAUGUUAUUUUUUCAACACUAAAAAAGAUACAUUAAUAAACUCAUAUGAUUUAAAUGUAAUUCUAACUCCAUUGAAUUCAGACACUGAAAAAUAUUAAUAGUAUAUUAGAGGAAAUUUUCUUAUUGUUUAACUUUGCUCGCCUUAUUGUGAUGAAUGUGAUUAGGACAGCGUAUGCUCAAAAUGUAUUGAAAAAUAUUAUCUUGACUCUUCUGGAAGCUGUUAGCCUUGCGAUUAAACUUGCUUAAACUGCUCUGGACCUUCAAAAGAAAAUUGCUUAUCUUGCAUUUCAGGGUUGUUUUUUUAGCAGAAAUCAAGUUCAUGUGUCUAAAAUUGUGAUUAAAAUUAAUAUCCUGAUUCUUAAAAUGUAUGUUAAUUAUGCGAUCAAUCAUGUGCAAUUUGCUAAGGAGCUGGACCAAACAAUUGCUUAUCUUGUUAAUUAGGUUUAUACUUAUAACCUAUUACACAUUCAUGCUAAUUAUGUGAUCAAACUUGUAGCAGUUGUGAUGGAGCAGGACCAAAUAGUUGCAUGUCCUGUAUACCUGGAUUAUAUUAUUAGCCAAAUAAAAAAUAAUGUGUUUAGAAUUGUGAUUUAAAUUAAUUUAUUAAUUCUUUAAAUCAGUGUUAACCCUGUGAUUUAUCUUGCGCAAGUUGUGAUGGGUCUUCUUCUAAAAGCUGUUUAUCAUGCCCUUAAAAUAGCUUUUUGUUUAAUAAGAUGUGUGUAGGUAUUUGUCCAAAUGGAUUUUAAUCAAAUCUCAUUUCACUUACUUGCGAUUAAUGUUAAAAUUAUAUGGAUCCUAAAUGCAAUUCUUGCUAUCCUAGUUGCUAGUUAUGCAAAUCCAUAUAGGCUAAAGACUCUUAAUGCGAUAGCUGCUACUCAGAAACAAGAUAAUUAGAUUCAGAUAAUAAUUGCACUUGCUUAAAUCCAAAAGAUUAAAGAAAUAAUUUUUAUUAAUGUAGCUAUCAAAAUAUUGCUGUACUUGACAUUCAAUUAAGCGCAACAAAACCACUGCUAAUUAUAGAUUUCGGUUCACCUUUAAAAGGUAUAUCAGUAGAUACGUCUUUACCUAUAUGUUAAUAAAUAUUUGAUCAGCCAACUUUGAUUUUACUUGGUUCAGAUUCGUUGUGCCAAAUAACUGGAAAUCAAGUUUAAGUAAAUUUAGGUGAUUCUUCAGUUAUAAUGGCAAAUAAUAUUGUUAAUUUUUUACCUAAUAAACUCUAAUUUGAAGACUAUAAUACGUAUUUUAUAAAUACUUUCUAUAGAAAUAUUGUUUUCUAGAAUGAUCCUGGGAUUCCUUUGCUUAAUUUUAAUUACAACCCUAAUGAAAACAGCUGCAACCCUUUAAGUAUAGCUCUUUAAAAUAUACAAAAUGAUGCAGGUAGAAAAUUUUUAAAUAUAAAUUGGACUUUAGUGUAAGUUAUAGGAACAAUGAGUGACUAAUAGAAAUAAAUUAUAAAAAAAAUACUGUAACAAGCAAGCUAAGAUAUGGCCACAAGUAUAAAUAUUGAUCCCAAAUAUAUCCCUUCAAAUUAAAAUAUUGCAAUACAAUUUAAUUAUCAGCUUAAAGUUAAUAAAGCAGGCUCUUAACUAUUUACAAUAAAUUACUUAUAAUAAAAAUAUAUUAGAAUCAACUUUUAGUAAUCAGUAUAUCCUCCUAUAUAUAGAUACAUGAGUUUGAGUUUCUACUUUUAAUUUUAUAUUGAAAUAUGCGAGCUAGGUUUAAUCACUUACAAUAACGAGCCCGUUGAUUUACAACUAAUUUCUAACCAAUUUCAAUAACAAAAUCUGAGCUAAUAUAGUUAAUCUAGCUAUCAAUUUGAUAUUUCUCCUUACUCCUUAGAAUCUAAUUCUCAAUUAAAAGCUAGUUUGGUUGUAAAUUUGAGUUCAAACAAAAAUGUGGUUGCUAUUAAGAAGAUAUCAGUUGAUAUUUUGAUUACAGAUUUGUAUUUGUAGGUUAUUGGAGGCUCUAGUUUAGUUAUAGGUUAUUAAAGUAAACUUACCUUAAAUACCAACUCUAGAGACUUUGAAAUUUAAGAUUCUAAAUCGCCUUAAAACAUCAACUUUAGCUGGGAAUGCUCUGGUUUAUCAUCUAAUGACCAUAUUUGCUAUGACUACAAGAAUAAUAUUCUUUAAUUACAACAAGGAUAAAGUAGUAUUUCUUUUCCUGCAAAAACAUUUUAGCCAUACACAUCUAUUAUAUUGAAUGUUAUCGGAUAAAAAGACUCUAGAAAAUCUAAUUAUAGAACAAUAUGCUUAUUUACUGAGCUAAAUAUCCCCUAGCUUGAAGUAUAGUUUUCUGCUACUCGUUAAAAUUAAAAAAUUAAUUUGAAUGAGGAUUUGAAUUUUGUUAUUAACUAUGAUAAGAAUAUCCCCUCAGAUAUUUUAACUUAUGCUGGAGCUUUGCUAUAUGACAAUGAUGUUGUUGGUGUUAUUAAAUUUGACUAUUACUAAGUUAAAUUUAGAAUAUGGAACUAUUUCAAAAACGUAGAUCCCCUAAAACCUAUUAUUUAAGCACGCUUUUCUGUCUAUAACCCUUCUUUUGUUAUGCCAAGCUUAACGACUAUCAAUUUGAAUAUCAAUUUCCCUCCUCAUAAUUGUACUUUGGUAAUUAGCCCACUACAAGGAGUAGCACUUUAAACGAUGUUCUCAAUUUAAUUUUUGUAUUGCUUAGAUGAAGAUCUUCCUUUGACUUACUAAUUCUUUUAUUAUAAUAGCAUGGAUGAUGCUAAAUAAGAAUUAAUCUAGCCAUGGAAUAUUUUAAGAAGAUAAAUAUAAGAUCAGUCAACUGUAAAUUCAAUUCAAACUGUAUUACCUUAAGGGAAUCUUGUAAUAAUGAGUUAGGUCAUAGAUUCACAACUCGGCGUUUACAAUUAAACCUAGAUGAUUAGUGUUUCAAAUUUAAAUUUACCAACGAAAGAUUAUUAUCAAUAAGUAAAUUAACUUACUUAGCAAACUCUAUCUAGCACAAACUUAUAAGCUACAAGCUAAUUAAUUACUUUAAGUUUAAUCGGAGAAGACAUUAGUAAAAAUACAUAGUCUUCAUAAGAUUUAAAUAAUUUAUGCUCUCUAUUAAUAACAAAUCUUCAGUAAUUAUCUCUUUAAAUACCUAAAUUUUCUUUGAUAUCAACAUAUGCUAAUAAAGUAACUGCUAAACUAUCAGGGUUACUUUUCAAUUCAUAAUAAUCAAUAUAGACUAUCGAUAAAAAUUAAAUAAUUUAAAAACUACAAUUAUUAAUUUAAAAUACAGAUUCAAGCAUUUAAAACAAUGAUCUGAGCCAUUUAUAGCAAAACAAUGAUUUUCCAAUUCAAAAUAUGAUCGAUUCUUUCAAAAUAUUAAAUUCAUGUGUUACAAUGAAUUCAUAGAAUACAUAAUAAAAUUUAUAGGACUAUGACCAAAUCACUACCAAGAUAGGAAGUGUGUUCUCUAAUAUGAAUCUACCUAAUUAAGGGUCUUUAAUUCUAAAUGGUAAUCUAUCAACUCUAUUAAUAGACAAAAUAACUUAAAAAAACAUAUACUAAUACGUUACUACUUUUAAUGAACCAGAUUUAAAUAAUAUUUUUAGUAUAUCUAGAAACAACUAUGAAUUAAAUAUUUAUGAAAAUACUCCAUAAUUUUAAGCAUAUAUUUAGCAAAUGAAAAAUAUUAGCUCAAAUUACACAUACUCAAAGAACAAGUUGAUAUAAACCUAAAUUACUAACUUGGAUACUAAAAAUCUCAUAGAUCAUUCAACAAUAAUUUAUAAUUUUAAUAAUGCUGUAACUAGCAUGAAAUACAACAUGGCUUGCGUAUAAUAGAAUGAUAAAUAUUGGAGUAAAUAAAAUUGUAUUCUACACAAAAAUAAUUAAAAUGAAUCAGUGUGCUAUUGUAAUACAUAGAAACCAACAACUAUCAUUGAGGAUAUUGAUGACAUGUUUUUAAAAAAUGAAAAUUUGAAUACUGCAUUAGGAGAGUAAGGAUUCAAAAACAUAGAAAAUUUUAAAGAGAAAAAGACUAGAUAGAAUUACUCUCCAGAAAAAUUUUUAAAGAGUGCACAACCAUUCAGAAUAAAUUAUCACUCCAAAAAUUGA